GGCUCAUGUGUGCCAGUUUCAUGCCGUAUACCGUUCAAUUCAGUACACGCUACGCAGAGUAAACAUAUGUAGAAUCGUGUCGACCGUGGCAAGUGAUUCUCGCGAAAAUAGUAUAUUAUACAACGGCAGCCUACGUGUGGCAUAGGAAUAAAGCGAUGUCGAGUUCCGACGAUCUGCCCGAUGAAAGUAGCACCGACUGUACUGAUUCCGAACUCGGCAGGGUGUGGUUGAAAAAGUUAAAGAUAUUACGAAAAAAGGCCGAUUGGGAGGAUGAAAUAGACAGGCAAGAAUUCCUCGAUGAUAUCUUUGAAAUUUGCAGAGAUUGGGAGGGAAAACUCCCGAAUCUUCGUGUUAUAUUUCGGUCAAGGGAAAUUGAUCAACUUCUCACCGAGUUCGCAAAAGACAAAAACCAUGAUGCACUUAAUUUUCGAGCAGGACUGAGCAUCGGGUUCGUGGCAAGCACCGGCUAUAAGGACAAGCCGAUCCUAGGUAAAGACGGCAAGCCAUCGCCAUAUCGUACUACUGCAGUGCAUCAUGCAGUUAGACGCAAAAACGCUUGUGAAAUGAUGAUGGUCACUCAGGAUCUCUUUAAAAUAUACGACAGAUUCGACGUGAACUACACCGACGAGUAUGGACUCACACAUUUUCAUGCGGCCUGCAUGGCUGACUGUAAAGACGUCGUCGAGAAAUUCCUCGAAUUUGGACUGGAUCCAAAUUAUUAUCCUCAAGAAUCCAUUGAUCCACCGCUGCACUUGGCUCUGGCCUGGGGCCGAAAGGAGGUGACGAGUUUGCUGCUGCAAAAAGGCGCCGACCCGAAUUUGGCCAAUAGCGACAAAAAUCAUCAGUUGGUGAAGGUCGAUGCCGUGGAUAAAUUGGGCCGAACACCUCUUCAAUGGGCCGUAGCGAGUCUCGUGCCGAAUACCGUCGAUGUGCUUUUGGAUCGUGGUGCCAAUUUGUCUAAUUUCAUUUUCCCAACUGCAAGUUAUUUUGGCGAGAGAUCUAAUCCUACAGAUGAUUGGUUGUAUGAAAGUUCAAAAAUAGUUAUAGCUGUUGGUGCUCUGGCAGUCGUCGAGUAUCUUGAAAAAAGAGGAUACAAGCUGGAUCGAAGCGAUGCUUCGACGAUCAUGAACUUAUUCGUUAGGCACAGAGUGUUCGAGAAAUCUGUGGAUCUUGAAAAAUGUUGGUACGACGACGAGAAAUUUGCGAGUAAAGCGAAAAAAUUGAUGAUGAAUCCGAGUCUGUCCCUCUACGACUUUAUUCGACUGCCGCCUGAAAAGGCACAGAAAAUACUUACUUCUGUGGAAUACAUAAAGUUCCUACCAAAGUUUCGUAACUGCUGUUAUAUACCUCCUAAGCCUAAGCAAGGGUGCAUUGAGCAUCUGUGCGAGGUACUAUCGAGAGGAUUUCUCCAACGUUGCGCAUUGGAGUUUUUUUUUGAAGUAAAAGUUAUUUAUAAGCUAAAAAGCGAAGAUUUGUUAAACAUAUGCUUGGCGGGGUCGAGCUAAAAUUAGAUAUUUUAAACGGUAUUUGGCUCUAAGAGCAAAUCUAGAUUAUUGCAUAAUUGCAAUUUUUUAAUAUUCUUAUGGAUUUCGUGUUCAUAAACGUCUACAAGAAUACGAAUGAAGAUAAUGACACUGAUAUCGGCAAGCCAUUAUUUUACCUUAUACCAUGUCAGUGAAAAUAAUGUGUAAAAGAAUGAAAAUAAUAAAUAAUAAUA